AUGGCAUCACAGAAUACCUCGGAUACUUCGACCGUUAUGGUACUCGACGGGACCGAUCCAGCGAUCGUUACAGACUACGUUCAUCCACACUCAAGAAAUUCUGGUCGUCAAGAAGAUUCAGUUGUGCCUCCAAAGACUGGCGGAGAAUUUCAAGUGGAUGAUAAUGUAAUAGCUGCCUUGCCUGUGUCGGGGACGAAGUUUGUAACAGCAUAUCACUAUGGCUCCUCCAUGUGGGGGUUGACAGCAAAGGUCGUUACCGAGCUUCCUGGUGGAAAUAUUAGAAACUACAUGUUGAAAGUUGUACCUAAUGAAAAGCCGGGGAGGUAUAUGCUAGAGGGUGAAUAUGAGUCUGCAAAGGCCAUGCACCAAGUUGUGCCAUCUUUUACGCCAGUUGCUCAUGCCUGGGGAGCUCUCAAAAACGGGCCUGGUUACUUCUUGCUUUCCGAAUUUCGUGAUAUUGGACAGCAACCUGCGAGUCCUGGAAGGCUAGCAAUGCGAUUGGCAGAACUUCAUAGGAACUCCGUUUCGCCUACCGGAAAAUUUGGUUUUCAUGUGACUACAUGCCAUGGAAGAAUUCCGCAAUACGUCGGGUGGGAGUCUUCGUGGGAAGUUAUGUUCGGCAAGAUCCUUGGGAGAGCCAUGGAUAUUGAUGAGGAGACACAUGGCGAAUGGGAAGAAUUCAACGCAGUACGAAAGCUGCUUUUCGACUUCGUAAUUCCCAGACUUCUCCGUCCAUUACAAAGUGAAGGUAGAAAUAUAAAACCGUGUCUUAUUCAUGGGGAUUUGUGGGAUGAGAACUGCGCCGACGAUAUGAGAACUGGUGAGCCCUUUGCUUUCGAUGCAGGAAGUGUCUAUGCGCAUAACGAGUACGAGAUUGGAUAUUGGAGACCAGUCAGACAUCGGUUGAGUCAUGGAACAUACGUGAGGGCAUACAAGAAGCACUUUCCGAUCUCAGAGCCAGAGGAAGACUGGGAUGCGAGGAACUUACUUUACUCAAUGAGGUGGAACAUAUCACUCUCUGUACUUGUCCCUAUUAGUGGGCAAAGAAAGGUUGUCUUUGAUGAUAUGAAGAUUCUCUGCCGGGAUAUUUGCCCAGAUGAAUUAGCUAAAGUGGAGGCUCAAUUCACGGUAACGGGUAAGAAUGAUUCGACAGACGUUGCAGAUGAGGAGGAGGAGGAGGAAGAAGAAGAAGAAGAAGAGGAAACAUAA